AGGUUUCUUUUAGACAAAGACUUUCUUAUGGACGUCUUUUGGACAGCUUUGAAGUAUUGAGAGAUGGCAAUUGGACACUGGACAGAACGUGCAACUUGUGCUAAGGAAGAAUGGCUCUCAACUUUGCAUUUAAAGGUUACUUCUAAAGCUAUUUUGGACGCUCAAAAGAGAGAUGGUUGUGUGAAGUGGUUUGCUGAAAAUGUGGCUUCAAGGAGUGCUGCUAGGGCAAGGCUUUUGGAUGUCACCAUUGUUUCUGGGGUGUGUGCCUAUCCCUUUGAGUCUUUGACACAGUUUGAUGGCGAAUGAUUUUGUUUAUUUUUUGGCUUAUGAAGUGUAAUAGUUUAUUAACUUUGUUACUUUGGAUAUUUGGUUAAAAUAUCCAAAUCAUAAAAUUAAAAGAAAUGAAUCACA